AUGGAGUGUGCGAAGACACAGUGCUGGAGCAUCUUCAUCAACAUAUCGGGAAAAUCAACGCAGCCUGACGUUAGAUAUUAUGAAGAUAAGCUUCUUUCAAGCAAUGGGGUUAGUCGUACCUCCUAUCGGGCUUUAUCUUUGUGUUCUGUACUCCGUGCCCUCGUUAAUUUUGCCAAAGGUGUUUACUCUCAUGCUGAGCAUAAGCCCCUUGAUAGCUUGUAUCCUAAUGUUGAGGCUCGUCCCUGCUUAUAA